AUGUCCGAAAAGAAUGCGCCGCUGGGCGCUUCCAAUGCGACAAAAUCCAGGUCCACUGAUGCAGGGAAGGAUACGAGCGUCAAGAACCCGCAAACAUCUGCGGUCAAGGCCGAAACGACCGGCUCGGGGAGUCACUCCAGUCCCAAGAAGCGCCGGAAGGUGAAUCACGCCUGUGUAUAUUGUCGCCGCUCGCAUAUGACCUGCGACUCGGUACGACACCUGUCUCCCCUCUCCCCGUUCACGACCCGUCACAUCUGA